AUGGGAAGUAGCCUGUCAGUCUUGCUCGUGAGCAAGUGCUUGAGUAGCCGCUGGGCCAAUAGGCGGCGGGUGCCGGUGGAAGGAGCGGACAUGGCGGCGUUGCGAGUGCUGAUGUUGGGAGUCUUGGUGGUGCUCAUGGCCUGCGAGGGACCCUGGGCUGCAGGGCAGAAGAGGAAGGAGAUGGUUUUAUCUGAAAAAGUUAGCCAGCUGAUGGAGUGGGCCAGCAAAAGAGCCGUUAUCCGAAUGAACGGAGACAAGUUUCGUCGCCUUGUAAAGGCACCACCAAGAAAUUACUCAGUGGUUGUGAUGUUCACUGCUCUUCAGCCUCACAGACAAUGUGCCGUGUGCAAGCAAGCUGAUGAAGAAUACCAGAUUCUGGCAAACUCCUGGCGAUACUCCAGUGCAUUUACCAAUAAGGUUUUUUUUGCCAUGGUGGAUUUUGAUGAAGGCUCAGAUGUAUUUCAGAUGCUAAACAUGAAUUCAGCUCCAACCUUCAUUAACUUCCCAGCUAAAGGGAAACCUAAAAGGGGUGACACAUAUGAGCUGCAGGUGCGAGGUUUUGCGGCCGAGCAGCUUGCUCGCUGGAUAGCUGAUAGGACUGAUGUCAAUAUUCGAGUGAUAAGACCCCCAAAUUAUGCUGGUCCCUUGAUGUUGGGUCUGCUGCUGGCAGUCAUUGGUGGCCUUGUCUACUUACGGAGAAGCAACCUGGAUUUUCUCUAUAACAAAACUGGCUGGGCUUUUGCUGCUUUGUGUUUUGUGCUAGCAAUGACAUCAGGCCAAAUGUGGAACCAUAUCAGAGGGCCACCAUAUGCUCAUAAGAAUCCCCAUACAGGACAAGUGAACUAUAUCCAUGGAAGCAGCCAAGCCCAAUUUGUGGCUGAAACACACAUUGUUCUACUGUUUAAUGGUGGUGUUACUUUAGGAAUGGUACUCCUGCAUGAAGCUGCUACUUCUGAUAUGGAUGUGGGGAAAAGAAAAAUAAUGUGUGUAGCUGGUGUUGGCCUGGUGGUAUUAUUCUUCAGCUGGCUGCUCUCUGUCUUCAGAUCUAAAUACCAUGGCUACCCAUACAGUUUCCUGAUGAGUUAAAGGAUUCCACAGGCUGGGAGCAUUUGAAAGGUGUCAACUCUGAAAUUGCGUGUAAUGGAACUGAAGAGCUAAAUGCGCAUGGUUCAUGCUACCUCUCUUUAAAGCGAAUGAGAUAGUUAAACACUGAACCAAAGAAAAUGAGUAGUGCCUUAAUAUGACAAGCAGUAUACUCUGAAAGUCACAUGGAAUAUUAAGAUUGUCUUUUUUUCAUAAGCUUUACAUCAUGUUAAACCAUUUUACUUUAAACCUAGUGGAGUUCAAAGCUUAGAAUAUGGACUACUAGUGUUUCUUUGAAAUAACUAGAAACAGUACUUACAUUCAGUUUGAUAAUUUGUUUGCCUCAUUUUUCCUGCUCCCUCAAAG